AUGGGACAGGCCCCAGCCCUGGAGAGAUGCAGCGCCCAACUUGAUGACACCCUCCAGCUACUCCGGCCUCAGGGGAUGGAUGCAGCCACCACUCCAAAGCAAGCUUGGCUCCCAUGGUCCCCACUCCUUUUCCUGCUCCUCCUGCCUGGAGGGAGCCUCAGUAGCUGCCCCACUGUGUGUGACUGCACCUCCCAGACACGGGCAGUACUUUGUGCCCACAGGCGACUGGACGCUGUCCCUGGAGGGCUUCCACUGGACACAGAGCUCCUGGACUUGAGUGGGAACCGCCUGUGGGGGCUUCAGCGGGGCAUGCUCUCCCGACUGGGCCACCUCCAAGAACUGGACCUCAGCUACAACCAGCUCUCCACCCUUGAGCCUGGGGCCUUCCAUGGCCUACAAAAUCUACUUACCCUGAGGCUACAGGGCAAUCGGUUGAGGAUUGUGGGUGCUGGGAUCUUCUCAGGCCUGUCUGCCCUAACGCUGCUGGACCUUCGCCUCAAUCAGAUUGUCCUCUUCCUAGAUGGAGCCUUUAGUGAGCUAGGCAGCCUCCAGCAGCUGGAGGUUGGAGACAACCACUUGGUGUUUGUGGCUCCAGGGGCCUUCUCUGGGCUGGCCAAGCUAAGUACCCUCACCCUGGAACGCUGCAACCUCAGCACAGUGCCUGGCCUAGCCCUUGCCCAGCUCCCAGCUCUGGUAGGUCUUAGGCUUAGAGAACUGGAUAUUGAGAGGCUGCCAGCUGGGGCACUUCGAGGGCUAAGGCAGCUAAAGGAGCUGGAGAUCCACCACUGGCCAUCUCUGGAGGCCCUGGACCCGGGGAGCCUGGUUGGGCUCAACCUGAGCAGCCUGGCCAUCACCCACUGCAAUCUGAGCUCAGUACCCUUCCAAGCACUACACCACUUGAGCUUCCUCCGCGUCUUGGAUCUAUCUCAGAAUCCUAUCUCGGCCAUCCCAGCCCGAAGGCUCAGCCCCCUGGUCCGGCUCCAGGAGCUCAGGCUGUCAGGCGCCUGCCUCACCUCCAUCGCUGCCCACGCCUUCCACGGCCUGACUGCCUUCCACUUGCUGGAUGUGGCAGACAAUGCUCUUCAGACUCUAGAGGAAACAGCUUUCCCUUCUCCAGACAAAUUGGUCACCCUGAGGCUGUCCGGUAACCCCCUCACCUGUGACUGCCGCCUCCUCUGGCUGCUCCGCCUCCGCCGCCGCCUGGACUUCGGCACAUCCCCCCCUGCUUGUGCUGGCCCCCAGCACGUCCAAGGGAAGAGCUUAAGGGAGUUUUCAGACAUCCUGCCUCCAGGCCACUUCACUUGCAAACCAGCCCUGAUCCGAAAGUCUGGGCCUCGAUGGGUCAUUGCAGAGGAGGGUGGGUAUGCUGUUUUCUCCUGCUCCGGAGAUGGGGAUCCAGCCCCCACUGUGUCCUGGAUGAGGCCUCAUGGAGCUUGGUUGGGGAGGGCUGGGAGAGUAAGGGUCCUGGAAGACGGUACACUGGAGAUCCGCUCGGUGCAGCUGCGGGACAGGGGGGCCUAUGUCUGUGUAGUCAGUAAUGUCGCUGGGAAUGACUCCCUGAGGACCUGGCUAGAAGUCAUCCAAGUUGAACCACCAAAUGGCACUCUCUCUGACCCCAACGUCACCAUGCCAGCAAUCCCAGAGCCUUUCUUUCUGGACAGCAGGGGUGUAGCUAUGGUGCUGGCAGUGGGCUUUCUCCCCUUCCUCACCUCAGUGACCCUCUGCUUCGGUCUGAUCGCUCUUUGGAGUAAGGGCAAGGGACGAGUCAAGCACCACAUGACUUUUGAUUUUGUGGCACCUCGGCCCUCUGGGGAUAAGAAUUCUGGGGGUAACCGGGUCACUGCCAAGCUAUUCUGA